AGUGUGGCCUCACAUCACUUUUGCUUGGCGUACAUGAACAAAACCAGCGAGUGGUGAAAUUUUUAAUCAAGAAAAAAGCUAAUUUAAAUGCACUUGAUAGAUUCGGAGGAACUGCCCUCAUACUUGCUGCAUGUUGUGGAUCAGCAAGUAUUGUCAGCCUUCUACCUGCACAAAAUAUUGAUGUAUCUUCUCAAGAUCUAUCUGGACAGACGGCCAGAGAGUAUGCUGUUUCUAGUCAUCAUAAUGUAAUUUGUGAAUUACUUUCUGACUACAAAGAAAAACAGAUGCUAAAAAUCUCUUCUGAAAACAGCAAUCCAGAACAAGACUUAAAGCGGACAUCAGAGGAAGAGUCACAAAGGCUUAAAGUCAGUGAAAAUAGCCAGCCAGAGAAAACGUCUCAAGAACCAGAAAUAAAUAAGGACUGUGAUAGAGUGGUUGAAGAAGAAAUAAAGAAGCAUGGAAGUAAUCCUGUGGGAUUACCAGAAAACCUGACUAAUGGUGCCAGUGCUGGCAAUGGUGAAGAUGGAUUAAUUCCACAAAGGAAGAGCAGAACACCUGAAAAUCAGCAAUUUCCUGACACUGAGAAUGAAGAGUAUCACAGUGAUGAACAAAAUGAUACCCAGAAACAGCUUUCUGAAGAGCAGAACACUGGAAUAUCACAAGAUGAGAUUCUGACUAAUAAACAAAAGCAGACAGAAGUGGCUGAAAAGAAAAUGAAUUCUGAGCUUUCUCUUAGUCAUAAGGAAGAAAAAGAUCUCUUGCAUGAAAAUAGCAUGUUGGAGGAAGAAAUUGCCAUGCUAAGACUGGAACUAGAUGAAAUAAAACAUCAGCAUCAGCUAAGGGAAAAUAAAUUUUGGGAGGAAAUUGAAAGUGUGAAAGAAAAGAAUGAUAAACUUCUAAAGGCUGUAAAAUUGAAUAAAGAAGCAUUAAGAAAAAUCAAUAAGUACAGUGGACAGCUUAGCAUUUUGAGAACUGGGAAUGUCAGUUCUGAACUGAAGAAUAUAAGACACAGCUAGGAAACACUGGAAAUGGAAAUUCAAUUAUGUUAUUGUAGACUGACUACUGCUCUACAUGAUUGUGAUCAAAGUCAGAUAGCUGAAAGGGACUUCUUUCCAGAGAACAAACAUGAACAGUUUUAUUUACAGGAGAAAAUGAAUUCUCAUAUAUCUAACCUAAAAGAUAACAGUGAGAUUCUUUCUGAACAACUCUAAUGCUGACAGUAAAAUUAAUAGCCUAAAAAUUAAGCUCCAUCCCACGGGAUAAAUUCUGAGAGAAAAGAUGAUGCAGGCCACCAUCUUUUUUGUUCGGGCAACUUAGUCAUUCCAGCGUGCGGGCUUUGGAGAGUACAAACGCAGCAGGGGUGGAAGAGAUCCUGUGGCAUAGCACAGCUGCUUUACCAAAUCAUGGCCAGACUGCUUCUGUAAGCAGGCCCCUGAUCCUGUUCCUCGUCACUGGACAGGACCUCCCACCUGAGGCCUCCAGCUACCCCCAUCAGUGUUCCCUGGCCAAUGGAGAUUUAAAACCUUCCUGGGACAGAGUUCCCAGAGAGAGGGGUGGGCCACCACCUUUGCUGUUUGGGCAAAUAGCCCUUCUGGCCUGUGGGCUUUGGAGAUCCCAAGCUGACCAGGGGUGGAAGUGGUACCUCAGCACAGCACAGCCACCCUGUGAAAACGUGGCCAGGCUCUUGUUUAAGUCAGUCCCCGACCACAUUUCUAAUCACUGGGUGGAGCCUUUCAACCAGGGUCUCCGGCCAUCUUCACUGCUGUUCUCUGGCUGACAGAGGUUUCAGGCCUCCCUGAGUCAGGGCUCCCAGGGGGAGGACCAGACUGUCAUCUUUGCUGUUUGGGCGACUCAGCCAGUUCAGUUUUAGAGUUUCAGAGUGUCUGAGGCGACCAGGGGCUGAAGUGAACCCCCAGCACAGCAUAGCCACUUUACAAAAAUGUGGCCAGACUUCUUUUUUAAGCAAGUCCCUGUUCCUGUUCCUCCUGACUAGGCAAGACUUCUCAGCUUGCCUCCAGCUGCAUCAUACAGGGGUGUUCA